CCCACUACAACACAGCUGACUAGCUGCUGAGCUAGCUAACCAGUACAUCGCAGCCACCAGAAGAAAAAACAACAGUUUAAUCAGAUUACUAUGUAAACUGUCUUUGAUUAAGUCAACCAGACGACGGCAGCCGUCUCAUCUACUUCUAACUGCGGACCUCAACAUGGUGUUCCAGACCUCCUGUCUGCGUGUUCGAAAAGUGUUCUCUCUCUGGAACCAGUUGGGCAAACAGCAGGUGCCAGAGUUGAAUCGAGCAGGUGUGAUCAUCAGAGACGCAACUCACGUCCAUCAGCUGAUACACACACUGCAGAGUGGAGGAGCUAACACACUCCAGGUGGUGUCUGACUUUGACAUGACUCUCAGCAAGUUUUCACACAACGGACAGCGAUGCCCAACGACACACAACCUGCUACACAGCAGCUGCCUGAUCACAGAGGAAUGCAAACACAAGAUGCGUGCACUGCAGGAGCGGUUCUAUCCGGUGGAGAUUGACACUGCGAUGUCAUUGGAGGAGAAGAUACCACUCAUGGUGGAAUGGUGGUCUGAUGCUCACGAUCUCCUGGUUCAGCAGGAAAUCCAAAGGAAACUGCUGGCCAACGCUGUCAGCCAAUCGGAAGCCAAGCUCAGGGAUGGCUAUGCUCUGUUCUUCUCUACUCUGGAGAGGUGUGGUGUUCCGCUGCUGAUAUUCUCUGCUGGUGUUGGAGACAUCGUGGAGGAGAUUCUGAAACACCACCACCUGCUCACACACACCGUCUCCAUACAGGCCAACUACAUGACCUUUAAUAAGGAGGGUGUGCUCGAGGGCUUCGUGGAGCCUCUCAUCCACAGCUUCAAUAAGGGGGCGGGGCAUUGUCUAAGUCCUGCCCAUAUAUCCAGGUCACAUGACCGCCCCUACGUGCUGUUGCUAGGAGAUUCCCUUGGUGAUGUCAGCAUGGCCAACCAGCUGCCUGGAGUCCAGAAGGUGCUGAAGAUAGGAUACCUAAACGAUCAGGUCGAGGCACGAAGGCCGGCUUAUGUCUCCACGUACGACAUCGUUCUGGAACGCGACGAGACACUGGACGUCCCCAACGCCAUUCUACGCCACAUCUCCAUGGCAACCCACCUUUGACCCUACCCCACAACGCUAUAGGACACUUCCUCAUUCAGUAGCCCCUCCUACUUACUGCUGCUAUUGUUCUCAGUAGACUAAAUCCGGACUGCUGUAGUAUUGAAGGCUACCUAACUACAUCAGUGCUACCUAGCGACCCCACUCAAUGCUGCUGUUGCCGCCAUCCGGAUUUUUAUUUUACAUUCUUAUUUUGUAUUUACAUUUGUUUCACUUUUAUUUUAGUCACGUUUUAUUUUAAACGUACAUUUAUUUUAGUUAUAUUUUUCGUCUUCCUAUAUUUUAUCGUGGGGCUGCAGGGCUCACGUAUGGCAGUAUGAAGAAGCUAUCAUGAUAAACUGAUAAUGCAUUAUCAUGACUUGAUGGUAACAUGUCAUGACAUGAUAUAAUGACAUGUUGUCAUGACGUGAUAUGAUAUAACGGCUUGUCUUGACGUAUUGUCAUGUCAUGUGAUAUGAUGACGUUUUCUCUACAUGUCUCUACAUGUUGCAUGACUUCUGAUAUAAUGCAUUGUCAUGAUAGACUGAUAUGAUGACACAUUGUCAUGACGCGAUAGGAUGACGUAGUCAUGACUGGGUGAUGUAACACUUGAUGAUGUAUGUCAAGCGAAGACGCUCUAAUGACUGAAUGGUAAUUGUCUUCAGGCUCCAGGAUGCUUCCGUCACAACGUUGCUCCUUUACAGUGAGAUUACAGCUGGUCCUCAUGACUCUUCAACAGAGUGAUAGUUAUUUAGUCAGUGGCUUUGGUGACAUGGGACAUUUAAUUCCUAAUUAACUCAAUUGAAUUCCGAAUGAAACUUAAUUCCACUUUGAAAACAUCAAGUGAACAAUUCACAUUUCAGAAUUAAAUGAAAGUGCAUUUUGUAAACUCAACAGAACUAUUUAAUUCUGAAUUAUUAAUUUGGAAUUAAAAACAUCAUGUAAACAUGGCCAGUAUGUCAUUUUAGUCAGUAUUCAGUCUCAUUGUAUGCGUAGAAAUAGAAUAGAAUAUAAUAGAAAGCCUUUAUUGUCAUUAUACAAAGUAUACUGAGAUUUGAGCUUCCCUACAAGGUGCACAGUCCUUUAUAGAUGAACAUUGUCUAGUAACUGAGAGUUCAUUGUUGUAACAGCUUUGGGGAAGAAGCUGUUCUUCAUCCUAUUGGUUCUGGCUGGUAAUGCCUUGUAGCGCUUGCCAGAGGGCAACAGUGUGAAGAGAUGGGAGCCAGGAUGUAAGGGAUCUUCAAUGAUACUCCUUCAAUGAUACUCUCGAUUCUUGUCGUUGCUAACCAUCUUAAGACCG